CAUGACGCUAUCCCUCCAAUACAGUUGCUCAACGGGAUGGCUUAAAAUUUUCGUUUUUCAUAAUUUAUAGUGAAAAGUGAACGCAUUUAAAACCAUGGGUACCUUCAAUACGAAGAUACACCGCUCAACGGCUAGAGUAUAAUGUGCUUCUGAUGGUUUACAAAGUAUUCUCCAGCAGCCCUGGCUGCUAGAUUGUUUUCCAUGGCGAUCGUGCGAAAUAGUGGGUAUUGUUAGCAUUUAGGCAGAAAGAGAGAGCUUCGAGCAACAUAAAAAGUGAAGAGUUUGUUUUGUACAAGCAUCAAGUAAAAUGCGGACAUGUUAGUGGGUGGCAUAUUUGAGGCUCACAACUAGAUGUGUUACAACUGAGACGCACUCAGGCAAGUGCAACAGCGACCAAUAACCGGAUCGUCCGCCCAGUGGUAGCCAGCGGCCUCGAGGAGAUGAGGGAAACUUUUUAAUGCGCUACUUACUUCAAACAUGUCCAACACAGUCGAAGACGAUGGCGUCCAAGGGCAGAACAUGUUGGAUCGAAUAAGCUCACUGCUCAAUGGUGGCCCAUCGUCCGUGUCGCCAUCGGUGACGGGAGCGACGAAAACUUCGCUGGUGCUCGAGGAUGUGUCGCAAACCCGCACCGUGCACGAGGAGGAAAUUUUGCUCAUCAACGGUAUACCUGUGCGGCUGCCGGCAGAAAGCUCCGAGCACGGCAGCACCAACCGUGACGGAACGGACGACGAUGCCAUCUCGAUACGGGACGCAUUGCGUGCCGGCGAGAUACCGUCCAUCGCAGUAUUAAACCGUAUUAUAGAGAAGCUGCACAAGACCAAUGCCUGCGCCGGGAUUGUGGCGGCCGUGGAGACCUCGCUCACCGUCACGAACUGUCGCAAGACGACGGAAAAGUGCGUCGUGCAGCCGGUGGCGAGCGGUACGGAUGUCGGUCCGUUCGCGGAUCCGUGGGAGGUGACGGAGGAGCGCAUGGAGAAGCAGCUGUACAGCAGCCGGACGGUCGAGAUGACGGAGGGUUACCGGGCCAAUCGAGCGCUGCCCAGUCAGAAGCACUACUGGCCGAGUGGUAGCGUCGACUCGGGCCAAUGGACUGAGACAGAUGUACAUGAGUCAAAGGAUCAUGCCGUGGAAUCCACCACCUACGCAAAAGCAGACGAUCUCCUAUUGCAUUACACCGAGGGAAACCUAAUCUCCGGUUCGCUGGACGGAUUAUUGACGCACUUCACGCCCACCGUUUCGUACAUUCCGGACAGAUCGUUCAUCUUCACCUUCCUGCUCGCUUCGCGCCAGUUCAUGCGCCCAGACGAGAUCUUGGAGAAGAUCAUGAAGUCGGCGCUGGCGAACGGAGGCAUCGCUAACAUGCCGCACCUGCUGGCGGCCUGGAUGAACGACUUUCCGUACGAUUUUCGAGACGAGCACAUGAUGCGGCUGGUGCGCAGCUUCACCGAGCAGCAAACCUCCUCGUCGUCACUGUCCGAGAGCGACCGUAAGGGUGCCUCGCGUGAACGCUGCACACUUUCCCGGGCCCUGCGGCGCCUUGCGAACCGGCUGGCGAAGCUGGAAAAGUACGAGGUGGAGAAGAAUGCACUGCAGCACCUCAAGUACGACGCGGAUGAGUGGAGAACGGCACCGUCGCUGGUGGAGCUGGCCAGCGGUUCACCGGUGCUGAUGGCCAACACGCUAACCGCCAUCGAAGCGGAACGCUUCUCCUUCAUCGGGCUGGAGGAAUUUUUCCCCGCAUCCUACAGCAGCGGUAGUGGCAGCAGCAGCAGCUCGUCGUCGGGCUCGUGCUGCCGAGCCGGUGGCAGCAAUCUGCUCGCCUACGUGCAAUGGUACAACCGGCUGACGUACGUCGUCGCCACGGACAUUCUGCGCUCGCCGAGAAAACGCCACCGGGCCCGUGCGGUCGAGUUUUGGAUCGAAACCGGUCGGGAGUGCUUCAAUCGCGGCAACUUCAACAGCCUCAUGGCCAUCAUUGCAACACUGACCGGCGGACCGAUUGGGCGACUAAAGAAAACGUGGACCAAGGUGACCUCAUCGUCUUCGUCGCUGCUUUCGGGUAUGACAUCCUCGAGCAUGAUCUCCAGUGCCAGCGGGAUUGGCAAUAGCUCGUCCAGCUGCAGCAGCGCCGCCGGCGGUGGACGCCAACAGCUUGCCAUCCUCGAGCACCAGGCCGAUCCGACCAACAACUUUGCCACGUACAGGGCGACGCUACAGGCGGCCGCCUGGCGUAGCUGCCCGUCGAGCUCCAGAUCGUCGUCGACGUCGUCGUCGAAAUCGUCGCAGCAGAACUCGUCCUGCUCGUCCGACGACGGGCAAGGCUCGACCAGCACCCGGAAGGGUUCGGCCGUCGCGGUCCUGCCGUUCUUCAGCUUGCUGCUCAAGGAUCUGCACUUUCUCAACGAAACGAGCGGCAGCUCGAUUCUCGCUAAUGGGCACAUCAACUUUGACAAAUGGCGCCAGCUGGGUGAGCGAUUGCUGGAGGUGCGCCGUUGGCAGCGGCAGAGCAGCCUGCAGCGUCGCUGUCGGCUCGGCCGGCGACACAAGUCGACGAGCACGGUGGAGGCGACGGCACUGAGGGACGCAAUCGAGCGCGGGCCAACCAUCGGCGGGAAGGAGUCGGCCGGUUCGGUGGACUCGUCCAAAGCGGGUUCCGGUCGGGAUCAGGUGGACUCGUCGGGCGGGGCGGACGAUGGGGAGCGCGGUGCCGCGGCGCUGUCCAAAGUGAGCUACGAGCGGGAGGCAGCGGAGGGUGCGGUCGAGAAGGCACACUGGAAAACACUGCAACAGUAUCACGCUUAAGGGUUUAGUUACGUUUCGUUGGUAAGGGAACAAAGAGCAGUAUAAGCAGAUUAGCGCGUAAGUUGUGUACUAUUUAUUAUUGUUUUCAUGAUGAUUUUUUUGCAUUAUUUUUAUUUAUGUUGCAACGCCUGAAUAUGUGUAUUAUUUCUUUUCGAAACGAGAGUCACUUAAUGAUUGUGAUUUUAAAGCUUUGGAUUUGUUUUUAAACCGAUAGGAACUACUUGUUACGAAUAAUUCAUAAUUGUACAUUUUACAAUACGUCCACAAUGUCAGCAUCUUCUUAACUACUGAAACAACCAGUAUCAAAACAACCCGUAUAGUCCUCAUUGCCAACACAACUGCAUUCCGUAGACGAAAAGGGUGGACAGCAAAACCGAACGAACCGAUGUUUAGUAUUGUAAUAAGGGUAAUAACUUCCGGCGCAGCGGGCCAAACGGUGUUUCACACCUUUUGCCGCUUGCACAAGUGCAUUUUAAGUUAACAAACACCCUUUCUCUCUCUCUCUUUUUCGCUCACACAAACAAACACAAACAGUAUCGUGCAAAUCUCACUAGGUAUUAGGGACGGUUAGUUUUGUUUUUUAACGAGCCAGCACAACCACUACAGCGCGGUUGGGUGGGUUAUAUUGUUUUAAUUUAAUUUCUAUUUGCAACAUUGCCACCGUUUCUUUCACCCCCACUCCCUCCCCGCUCCGUUAGCCGGUGCUUUCAACUAGGCAUGUUUUUUUCUUAGGGCAGCGGUUUAUGUUUUUUUAUAAUUCUGUAAGAACGUAUUGACACUUACUUUUGCACACGCGAGCCGUAUUCAUCAUCUUUACAAGCUGGUAUACUAGAGUAGAGCACAAAGUAAAAAAGGAAAAAACGAAAACCAACAGAGGAAGCAAACCGAAUAAUCAGAUUUCAACAUUACUUUAACCGCACAUAGCGGAACACAGACUCACACACACACACACACACACACACGUUUUUUACGCAUCCUUAAACGAGCAUAUGUAUAUCCCCGGAUGGAAAAAGGAAGGUGUAGGCGCGCAAAAUCGCGAUUGCGAUUCACUCGACUCAUAAUGACAUAAUCAUAACAAUUAAUUUCAAGCCAUUCAAUAUUCUUAUGUACGGCGACGUUCAAUAAAAUAGCGGAAAAAGCUUAAACUAACACUCUA